ACCAAAACGACAAAUACGAAACAAUAUAUGACGAAGUAGCUUUUAACAACACGUUUAUUUAGAAGUGGUGAUCUGUGCAAAUAUUAAAAGGUUUUCCAGUGCAUUAAAGAGAGCAUGGAAUCCAAUUUCUGUGACAAUCAAGGGAUAUCAGCAUCAAGUGACGGUGAAGUUACAGACAUGUUGACGUCUAAUGACAUCUUUAAUCGCAUCGAUAAGGAGCUGUUCUGGUGUGACACCUGUGGACGUUGUAUGCGGGACCUGAUUAGUUUGAGACAGCAUGUUGCAGAGCACAUUGUUGAUGUCAUUGCAGACAAAAAUGACACUUAUGCCAGCCAAACCUUACAUGCAGGCCUUUUUAGUUAUCAAGAAGGUGUAACAGAUGAAAAUGUGAAGGAAAAAUUAGAAGACACUACGCUAGGGGCUCCUGACUGUCAAGAAGAUGCUGAAGUCCGUUACAGUUGCUCAGUAUGUGGGACCGAGUUCUCAGUGUUGCAGGAGUUCAGAAAUCACCAAAAUGUACAUGAUCAAACUUGCAUCACAACUCAAAAUGAAAACGGGCUUAAAGUCAACAAGGGGUUAAUUUCUUCAAGGUGGGACCUCACAAAUCAUCACACAGGAGGGCGGCCACACAGGUGCAGUGUUUGUGGAAAAGGAUUUGUCAGCAGUUCACAACUCACACGGCAUAUGAGGAUUCACACAGGAGAGAGGCCACACAGUUGCAGUGUUUGUGGAAAGGGAUUUGUCACCAGUUCCAACCUCACUCAGCAUAUGGGUAUUCUCACAGGAGGCAGGCCACACAGGUGCAAUGUUUGUGGAAAGGGAUUUGCCAGGGUCUCUCACCUCACAAAUCAUAUGAGGAUUAACACAGGAGAGCGGCCACACAGUUGCAGUGUUUGUGGAAAGGAAUUUGUCACCAGUUCACAACUCACACGGCAUAUCGGGUUUCACACAGGAGAGUGGCCACACAGUUGCAGUGUUUGUGGAAAGGGAUUUGCCGCCAGUUUACACCUCACACGGCAUAUGAGGAUUCACACAGGAGAGCGGCCACACAGGUGCAGUGUUUGUGGAAAGGGAUUUGUCACCAGUUCCAACCUUACUCAGCAUAUGAGUAUUCACACAGGAGAGCGACCACACAGUUGCAGUGUUUGUGGAAAGGGAUUUGCCAGCAGUUCACACCUCACAAAUCAUAUGAGGAUUCACACAGGAGAGCGGCCACACAGUUGCAGUGUUUGUGGAAAGGGAUUUGCCAGGGGCUGGGACCUCACAAUUCAUAUGAGGAUUCACACAGGAGAGCAGCCAUACAGUUGCAGUGUUUGUGGAAAGGGAUUUGCCACCAGUUCACAACUCACACGGCAUAUGAGGAUUCACACAGGAGAGAGGCCACACAGUUGCAGUGUUUGUGGAAAGGAAUUUGUCACCAGUUCACAACUCACAUGGCAUAUCGGGUUUCACACAGGAGAGCGGCCACACAGUUGCAGUGUUUGUGGAAAGGGAUUUGCCGCCAGUUCACACCUCACACGGCAUAUGAGGAUUCACACAGGAGAGCGGCCACACAGGUGCAGUGUUUGUGGAAAGGGAUUUGCCAGGGGCUGGGACCUCACAAUUCAUAUGAGGAUUCACACAGGAGAGCAGCCAUACAGUUGCAGUGUUUGUGGAAAGGGAUUUGCCACCCGUUCACAACUCACACGGCAUAUGAGGAUUCACACAGGAGAGAGGCCACACAGUUGCAGUGUUUGUGGAAAGGGAUUUGUCACCAGUUCCAACCUCACUCAGCAUAUGAGGAUUCACACAGGAGAGCGGCCACACAGUUGAAGUGUGUGCGGAAAGGGAUUUGUCACCAGUUCACACCUCACAUAUCAUAUGAGUAUUCACACACGAGAGCAGCCUCACAGUUUCAGUGUUUUUGGAAAAGGAUUUGCCAGGGACUCAGACCUCACAAAUCAUAUGAGUAUUCACACAGAAGAGCGGCCACACAGUUGCAGUGUUUGUGAAAAGGGAUUUGCCAGGGACUCGGACCUCACACGGCAUAUGCGGAUUCACACGAGAGAGCUGCCACACAUUUGCAGUGUUUAUGGAAAGGGAUUUGCCGGAGGCUCGGACAUCACACGGCAUAUGAGGAUUCACACAUGAGAGCGUCCACACCGUUGCAGUGUUUGGUGGAAAGGGAUUUGCCAGGGGCUCGGACCUCACAAAUUAUAUGAGGAUUCACGCAGUUACAGUGUUUGUGGAAAGGGAUUUGCCACCAGCUCUGACCUUAAAAAGCAUACGAGAAUUUACACGUAAGAGUGGUAACACAGUUUAUGCGUUUGUGGAAAGAACUGUGUUGUGUGGAUUCACAAUGUAGACCGGCCAACA